GUACUUCUGGGAUGCAGACCUGAUGGCCAGAGAGAAGGCCCUGCGCUACGAGAUUUCAGAGUACCUGGUGCGCCAGGGCGCAGACAUCGACGUGGAAAACAUCUUCCGAUGCAAGCCCAUUGAUCUGGCCAUCUUUCAUGGCUACGAGGGCACAGUUCAGCUGCUCAAGUCUGAGGGUGGCCAGCCGGGACUCUUCGGGGCUGCCUAUCUUGGUGAUCUUGACCGCAUCAAGGAGCUUCUGGAGGAAGGAGUGGACAUUGACCUCAAGGGGCGCUACAGGCGAACAGCUUUUGCCGAAGCUCACCUGCGCGGCCACUUUGCGGUGGAGGCGUUCCUGGUGCAGCAAGGCUGCAGUCGUGAGAUCCC